CGUUAUUACUCAGUAGUCUGACCACUUCCGCCUUGUUCAUUCAACGCAUGCUUCUCUGAGCAGCUGUGUUUAUCAGAAGUCAAUACAGUAUGAAUCAAGAGAAAUUGGCUAAACUGCAAGCGCAGGUCCGGAUAGGGGGCAAGGGCACUGCACGCAGAAAGAAGAAGGUGGUGCACAGAACGGCAACAGCCGAUGACAAGAAACUCCAGAGUUCAUUAAAAAAACUUGUGGUUAAUAACAUAGCUGGCAUUGAAGAGGUGAAUAUGAUUAAAGAUGAUGGCACAGUCAUUCAUUUCAACAACCCCAAAGUUCAGGCGUCUUUGUCUGCAAAUACGUUUGCCAUCACUGGCCACGCAGAGACCAAACAGCUUACGGAAAUGCUCCCGGGAAUCCUCAGUCAGCUUGGUGCUGACAGUCUCACAAGUCUGCGCAAACUUGCAGAGCAGUUCCCCAGACAGGUUCUGGACAACAAAGCUCCGAAGGCAGAAGAUAUCGAUGAAGAAGAUGAUGAUGUCCCAGAUCUUGUAGAGAACUUCGACGAAGCAUCAAAGAACGAGGCAAACUGAUCACCAGAUCUCCAGUAAUGGCUAUUCAGGAUGAAAUCUCCUGCAGUAUUUUUAAAUUAGAGUGACCAGACAUAUCAUUUCAACACUAUUCAGUGAAUCCAGAGACUUUUAUAUCACAAAUUGGCUGUUCCAGAUCAGAUCCAUUCCUGAGCUUUCGCCUGCAUUUAUAUAGAAGAGACGGACGGUUACAUGGAAUGCUUCACGGUUGUAAUUCUUAAUCACAGUGCUAGUUGAAAUACUAGUUUUGAUGGCUGCGGCAAGGAAGAUUAGUCUUAAUUUUUUGUUUUCUGUUAAUUAAAUAAAAAUAAAACUCAAACCUUUUA